ACCAGUGAAACAAUAAUAUUACAUCCGGCAAAUUUUUCAAAAAUCAAGAUUAAAUUCGAUUUCGGUACGGAUGCACAGAAAUUUUUCAAAGAUCAAUCAUCAUCAUCAUCAUAUGUACCAUUGAAGAAUGAUAAAGCAUUCGAUGUAAAUGUUGUAAAUCCGAUUAUAAAGAAUAAAUUACAACGUUUACGUGAAUUUCUAUCACUUGAACAGCUUACAUUUGAUCCACAUACAUUGAAUGGAACGGCACCAUUGAAUGAUGAAUUGGUACUGUUGGAUACAUUCAAUAUGCCCAUUCAUCUACCGGAAUAUAAAUUGAAUGUAUCAAUUGAUACGAUAAAAAUAUCCGGUAUUAAUCAAUUCAAUGUAGCCGAUAUUGCAGCCAAUUCCAAAUCGAAAAAAAUCUCUGCAUUACUUCGUAUGCCAAACGUUCGUUUGACAAUGUUCUAUAAAGUAAAUGGCAUAUCAUUUAAAUCGAAAAAAAUGGAAUCAUAUUCAGAUAAAGGACGUUUAACAUAUACAAUAUAUGGAUGGCGUACAAUAUUUGCCGGUAAAAUUGCCGCCAUUCGUAAUGAUGAUCAUCUGGAGAUUGCCGGUUUUGGUAUGCGAUCACAUUAUAAUUAUUAUGAUUCACAAAUGGUAACAUUCAUUAAUAAUGGUGGUGAAUAUUCAUCAUCAUCAUCGUCUUCGUCUUCGUCGUCGCCGUCUUCAUCUACAAUCGAUAUAAGUAAAUUGAUUGCAUCAAAUUUAAUGAAAAAAGUAAUCAAUGAAGUUGAUGAUAAAUUCGAAACCAUUAUGAUUGAUCAUUUGGGCAUACAUGAAACCGGUACAUGGAAUCUUAGACCAAUGUUAGAUAGUUUUACUCUGUCGGAUGAUGAACAACAACAACAACAACAGUCGCCAUCAUCAUCAUCAUCAAAAGAAGAAGAAGAAGAUGAUGAUGGACAAUUAUGGAUGAUGGAAUCACGUAUGAAUCAUGAAUCAAUAUCAGGUCGUGCUGGUCGACGACGAAAUAAACGUCAAGUUCCAUGUGAACCGGGUGAAGAAUUGGAUGAAUAUGUGGACAGUUUGUUUCGUUUCUUAAAACGUUUAGUUCGUGUUAUGGAACCAUUUGCGCUACCGAAUGCAACUAUCGAAUUAGAGGAAUAUAAUUUACAAAUCUUUUUACAUAGCGGUGGUGUAACACGUGCCUAUACGUUUGAACGUAAAAAACCAGCAUGGGUUCUUUGCCAGAAUGAUACAAUUUCACUUGGUUUAACCGUUGGUAUUGAAGAUGCACGUAUACAUUAUAAAUAUCGUGUCAUACAAGAUUGGCGUCUAUUAUUCGAUGGUGAUCUUGAAGCACAAUUAAAAAAAGCUAAAGCACAGGUACAGAUUACACAGUUAUCGCCACCAGAAAGUGAAGAUGAUGAAUUCGAUGUACAGGAUGGUGGUAGUGAUGAAGAAGAAGAACCACAAGUACAACAACGUGUUGAUAAGCUAAAAGUAUGGAAACCAGGUCAAAUUACUGUAUUGAUUCGUGGCCUAGGUAAUUUUAGUUCAGCAUUAAGUAUGUUGAUCAAUCAAAUGCUUUCCGAUACAAGUAUGUUUGAUCCAAUUAUUCGUAUGAUUGAAACCGAUGGUGUUGUAUUGGCCAAUGAAAUGUUACGAAAUGUAUCGAUUCCUAUAUUUAGUAUCAUCUAAAUAUUUUAGAUACCAUGAUAGAAUAUUCAAGCAAAAAAAUUUUUUUUUUUUAGUUUAUUGUAGUGCCAUUAAUCAGCAAUUAUUUUAAAGAUUUAAAAUUUCUCACACACACACACACACACACACACACAGAACACAGAAAUCAAAAUUUUUCUGUAAAUAGAAAUUGUAAAUAGAUCAUAAAUGAAAAAAUUAAACGCACAUUUGCAUACACAAACUAUUCGUGUCGUCGUUUUAA